ACAGAGCUUGCUCCUCCACGUGUAACCCCAGGACCCUCGGUGCAUAUUCCCACGUCCCCACUCGGCGGGAGGAGUGUGACGUGCAGUCUUCCUUCCUCCUUCCAACCUUCCUUCUUUCUCCGUCGGCCGCUACCUACCUACCUACCUAGUCCUCGAGAAUCUAGCCGGCCUUACAUCCCACGCUGGAAGACUCCACGUGCACGCAAGAAGACCCCACAGAGACCCUCGGUGCAUAUUCCCGCUUCUCCUGCACGUCAUCUUCCUUCCCAUCUAUCUGACGAUGCACUACAUCCGCAUCCUCAAACCGCCCCGCCUAACCACGGACCGCAAGUCAGUCCUCGCGAAGAUAACCAUCACCACCGACCUCGGCGACUCUUUCCUUGCCUCUGACCUCUCCGUUCUCGCCUCUGUCUCUUCCGGACCAGCUAUACCGUUCCAAUGGAGUGGCAGGAGUGGCAUGCGGGGGUUGGAGGUUUGUGUUCCUGUCUCCGGGAAGGGGAAGGGGAAGGGGAAGGGGAAGGGAGGGAAAGAGAGGAUGUACGUUCGUGCCAAGGAGGGCGGGGUCGCUGUGGAGGAGUUCAAAGAUGUGUUGAAGGGAGAGGCGGGCGUGGUGGGUGUCUGGAGCGCGGAAAUCGAUGUCUCUUCCCCUGAGCCCGUGGAACGGGUAGUAGAGCGGCGAUUCGGGGAUGUGAGCAUCUGGGAGGAGACGGGGGAGAGUAUUGCGCGGCAUAUCUGGGAUGCGGGGUUAGUGCUUUCAGCACUCAUUUCACAGAAAGCAGAGAGAUUACCAGAUGUAUUAAAGAAACCAAACCUCAAGAUCCUAGAACUCGGAGCAGGAUGCGGAAUCGUCGGUAUCACGAUGGCGACCUCGCUUCCUAAUAUCGAGAAAAUCAUCCUAACAGACCUGCCUGAAGCGCAGGAGAUCUUAGCGCGGAAUAUACCCUCCUCUCAAGCUAAACUCUCGCACCAGAUCUUAGAUUGGGCGGCGCCGCUGCCGGAAAAUGUCGAGAGGGAGAAGUGGGAUUUGGUGGUCGUGGCUGAUUGUACGUAUAACAUCGACGUGGUGCCGGAUCUUGUGGCGACGCUGGACAGGGUGAGGGAGGGGAGUAAAGGGGUGGAGGUGUUGUUGGCGAUGAAGGUUCGGCAUGAGAGUGAGAUGGGGUUUUUUGGGUUGAUGGAAAAGAGUGGAUGGGCGGUGAGGGAGAGGUGGGUGGUGCCUUUGGGGAUGUUGGGGGAGGGAGGGGAGGGGCAGGAGAUUGAGAUUUUUGUUUUUCGGGGAGAGGGAGGGUAG